GGGAGUACCUCCGCCUUAUGAUAAAACCAAGAGGAUGGUUAUCCCUGAUGCUCUCAAGGUUUUGAGGCUCCAGGCUGGUCACAAGUACUGUUUGCUGGGUCGGCUAUCGUCUGAAGUUGGGUGGAACUACGCUGAUACAAUCAGGGAGCUAGAGGCUAAGAGAAAGAAGAGGGACUUGGCGGAGGAAUUGAAGCUCGCCGCACGCUCACGGAACCCACCAUCAUCGCCCGUGGAUCUUCAUCGUCAAGAGCUCUAUAUAUUGCUCAUUUUGGAGGUUUCGAAGAAGAUUAGCAGUACGGCUUACAUGUCGGCUCAAAAACUGUGGUUAUAGUGCUGUCUUAAGUUUAGAAAAUGUUUCAGAAGCGUAGGAAAUGUUUUGGGAGGAAUAUGU